CUCGCUUGGUGACUUCGCCAAGUGAGCGGAUCUUUAUGUGUAUGGCCACCUUUAGUUUUGACCUAGACAGCCCUACCAAAAUCCCUAGGUAAGACACCUUUGGUUCCAUGGUAUGUACAUGCGUCCAAUCAGAACAGUGCCCCUUGCACCAGUCCUAGACUAUAACCACAUCUGCUUCUUGGCUUUCUUACAUACUGAGAUACUAGGCUGCCAUUAUGGGGUGCCCCCCCAUUUUGGGGUUUAAACAUAUAACUAAAUGAUUAAUUCUUCCCUUACAGAUGGGAAAGUCCUGGAGCAAUCGGUGGAAUCGGUGGCCAACGGGAGCAAAUACCGAGUCAAUAACAGCUAUGAUAAAUAUUAUGCACCCAGGAGGAAGGAGGACAUUGUUGCAAUGGCAAAACAACAAGUUGGGAAGAAAAUGACUUAUAAUCUUAUGGUGUCCAACUGCGAGCACUUCUCUACAUUCAUGAGAUACGGUGUGGCUUCCUCCAAACAGGCCAGAGAGUCGAGGAUAGCGCACUGUAUCCAUAUGGUCCCAGUCUUUAGGAUACUGAGGCUUUUCCACCAAAUGACCCAACACUUCAAUAAAUUGCUCACCUUCUUCAGCACAAUGGUCAAGACAUUCUUCAACUGCAACAAAAUGUUCUUCAAGACCAUGAUCAGUUGGGCUUCCUUAUCUCCAGUCCUUCUGCCCUUCUGGUCCAAUGAAACCAUGUGAUUCUUCAGCUCAGCACAUUUGCUUGGAUCUUGUGCUCUCAUUAUGUACAAGGUCUCAUCCUCUGGGCAACACAUAUACGGCAGUUACAUGUUAUAAAUCUACUUGACUCGUGACUCAUUUAGGAACAUCGUCUUUGACCUCUUCGUUCCUAUGGAAUUUUUAUGGCUAUAUUAUAAGAGAUUCUGUCCCAUUUUGGCAGCUUCCAUGGUCAAGGCCUUCAGUUAUUGCUGGAUGUGGUUGUGAUUCCACAUUCCUUUUGAUUUAAAUUUCAGCCAAUCCAAAGCCAAGGUUAAAGUCAAUACUUAUCACCCAACAUCUGUCUUAAAUUCAUACAGAAGAUAUUGGCUCAGGUUUUACCUUCUAAAUACAGUGCCUUCCUACCUGAUCUUCUCAGUAGGCAUCAAGUAGGGGUUUGUUGUGGGGAGGAGAUGUGGCGACGAGACUGUGUUGGCUCACACGUAUUGCUUGUGUCUCAGAUAUAAAGACUCUGGUCCUCCUCAAGCUGGAUAAAAAGCAGGCCUGUGAUACCCUGUCCUGUUCCUAUUCAGGCCCUACAAGCUUGGGGUUUGGGGCCAAGUCUGGAAUUUGGAUUCAGCCAGUAACUCUGCUCUAGGUCAGGUAUGAUCCCUGUAUGUCCUAUAAAGGUUUUGUUGUUAUGUAUUGUGCUGUGCACACAAG